AGUGCGACCGAUGAACGGUACCAAUAUAUUGCGUCAAACACUGAAAAAGGGCACCAAAACUUCCAUGUUUUGAAUUUGGGAUUCUUGCAGCUUGCACGGUCUCCCUCCACUUUUUAUUAGAAACCCUACUUACUCGGCACCUGCGUGUUCCUGUUCUGCUCUAUUUUGAUGGGUUGGACUCUGCUUUUUUGGCUUCUCAUCUGUUUUCCUCUCAACAUUGCCCUCCUCGCCUCCACUUUCUACCAGGUUUUGAUCUUAACAGACUUGGAAGCUGAUUACGUCAACCCCUAUGAUGCUUCAUCUCGGAUCAAUUACUUCGUCCUUCCUGAGUUUAUUGGGCAGGGGCUACUGUGCGCUCUCUUCCUCUUCACAGGGCACUGGUUCAUGUUUUUGUUGACCGUUCCCCUUACUUGCUAUCAUGUUACGCUGUAUGUGAAGCGGCAGCAUCUUCUUGAUGUCACCGAAGUGUUCAGGGUACUUAAUGCUGAGAAGAAAUAUCGGAUUGUCAAGCUUGCCUUCUACUUAUCUCUCCUUCUCAUCACGGUAUUCAGGCUUACGUUAUUUAUUGUGUACUAUUUAGAUCUUGAUGAUGACUGAUGAUUCUUCAUGUAACCACUUUUUGAGCAAUAUAGCAAUCACUUUGUAAGUUGCUUCUAUUUCUUUAGCCUCUUCCUUGGUCUAUUUUUUUGUGGAUCAGUCUGUACUAUCUUUUAAAGUCAACUGCGCAUAAAAAAUGAUUUGUUUGUCAAUGGCUUGAAUGAAUAUUGGCAACUUGGGAUAUAACCAUCGUUUGAACGAAUAUUAUUAA